AUGACUGCUGCUGGCCUGCCAUUAGCGGGCUGGAUAUUCUCAAAUCACCCGGGACGCGCGAGUAACCCCAGGGGUGCCUUGAGGUUGCAACAGAUGAGGCAGAGAUUUAAAAGUGUGUCAUUCCAACACCUCACCCUCGAGCCUCAGCCAACAUCUCACCCUCGAGCCUCCAGCCAACACCUCACCCUCGAGUCUCAGCCAACACCUCACCCUCGAGCCUCAGCCAACACCUCACCUCGAGUCUCAGCCAACACCUCACCCUCGAGCCUCAGCCAACACCUCACCCUCGAGCCCCAGCCGACACCUCACCCUCGAGCCUCAGCCAACACCUCACCCUCGACCCUCAGCCAAAACCUUACCCUCGAGCCUCAGCCAAAACCCCACCCUCGACCCUCAGCCAAAAACCUCACCCUCGAGCCUCAGCCAACAGCUCAUCCUCGAGCCUCAGCCAACACCUCACCCCCGACCCUUGGGCAACACCUCACCCUCGACCCUCAGCCAAACACCUCACCCUCGAGCCUCAGCCAACACUCACCCUCGACCCUCAGCCAACACCUCACCCUCGAGCCUCAGCCAACAUCUCACCCUCGAGCCUCAGCCAACACCUCACCCUCGACCCUUAGUCAACACCCCAUCCUCGAGCCUCAAACCAAAAACCUCACCUCGACCCUCAGCCAACACCUCACCUUCGAGCCUCAGCCGACACUCACCCUCGAGCCUCAGCCAAAACCUCACCCUCGAGCCUCAGCCAACACCUCACCCUCGACCGACACCUCACCCUCGAGCCUCAGCCAACACCUCACCCUCGAAACCUCAGCCAAAAACCUCACCCUCGAGCCUCAGCCCAAAACCUCACCCCCGACCUCAGCCAACAGCUCACCCCCGGGGCCUCAGCCAAAAACCUCACCCUCGAGCCUCAGCCGACACCUCACCCUCGAGCCUCAGCCAACACCUCACCCCGAGCCUCAGCCAACCACCUCACCCCCGAGCCUCAGCAAACCCCCAUCCUCGAGCCUCAGCCAACACCUCACCCUCGAGCCUCAGCCAAAACCUCACCCUCGAGCCUCAGCCGACACCUCACCCCGAGCCCAGCCGACACCUCACCCCUUAGCCUCAGCCAACACCUCACCCUCGAGGGCCCCAAGCCAACACCUCACCCUCGAGCCUCAGCGAACACCUCACCCCCCGAGCCUCGCCAACACCUCACCCCUUGAGCCUCAGCCAACACCUCACCCUCGACCCUUGGGCAACACCUCAAACCCCCGAGCCUCAGCAACACCUCACUCUCGAGCCUCAGCCAACACCUCACCCCCCAAGCCUUCCGACUCCCCAACCAUCAUUAUCUCAUUAAGCUUCCGGUUCCGAGGGCGCUUAAUAAGAGCGAAUUUUGCAAUGUCAUGGGUGUUUUUUUACCCCUGA